AUGGGCUCCAAUCCAGGACCACCGUCUUCCACAGAAUACAAGAUCGCCUCCAUCCCCGCCGACGGGAUCGGGCCCGAGGUGAUCUCGGCGGGCAUCCAAGUCCUGCACACGCUCUCCCAGGCCUUCGCGUCCAAGUUCACCUUCGCCAUCACCCACUUCGACUGGUCCAGCGACACCUACCUCAAGACGGGCCGGUACGUGCCCGAGGGGGGCCUCGACGCCCUGCGCCGGGGAUUCGACGCCAUCCUGUUCGGCGCCGUUGGUGACCGCCGCGUGCCCGACCACGUCUCGCUCUGGGGCCUGCGCCUCGCCAUCUGCCAGCCCUUGCAGCAGUUCGCCAACGUGCGGCCGACCCGCAUCUUACGGGGGGUUACGUCGCCGCUCUCUGCGUGUCAGGGUAGUCAGGAGAAUGCGAAGAAGUUGGAUUGGGUCAUUAUCCGUGAGAACAGUGAAGGCGAGUACGCCGGCCACGGAGGCCGCUCGCACGUCUCCCAGCCGUGGGAGGUGGGGACCGAAGUCAGCGUCUUCACGCGCCAUGGCUGCGAGCGCCUCCUGCGGUUCGCGUACGAGACGGCACGCUCGCGCCCUCGCAAGACGCUGACCUUCGUGACCAAGUCCAACGCCCAGCGCAACGGUAUGGUGCUGUGGGACGAGGUCAACGACGCCGUGGCACGUGAAUUUCCCGACGUGCGCGCCGACAAGAUGCUUGUCGACGCCAUGACAUGCCGCAUGACCCUCCAGCCCGAGACUAUCGACACCGUCGUCGCCACAAACCUGCACGCCGACAUCCUGUCCGAUCUGGCCGCCGCCCUCGCCGGCUCCAUCGGCAUCGCACCCACCAGCAACCUGGACCCGACCCGCCAGAACCCCAGCAUGUUCGAGCCCAUCCACGGCUCUGCCUGGGAUAUUGCCGGCCAGGGCGUCGCCAACCCCGUCGGCACUUUUUGGACGUGUGCCGAGAUGGUGCGGUGGUUGGGCCAACCUGAAGCCGCCGACAUGCUCAUGGCCGCCGUCGAGGCCGUCUUGGAGAGGGGCGUCAAGACGAGAGAUCUGGGUGGCCAGGCGGGUACCGACGAGGUGACGGCGAAAGUGUGCGAGGAGAUCCUGCGAUUAGGCAAGGAUCGGGAAUUCUUUGCUGGGGGUAAAUAA